GUUGGCCUUUUCUCUCAUGCAGGCAUUUGCUGCUGCGUAUACGUUUGCCCGAAGCCGACGUCGUCAACCUGUUCCGCUCCCUUGAAGGAAACUGCAGUAUCGCACUUAUGGAAAUCCAUCGCGUCACCUUCAGGAGAAGGACCGCCAAGGCCCUGGGGCGAUUGGUAGAAAGCAACCGAACGCUAGUCUCUCUCAUCAUCGACCUUGAAGAGAGUGACCCCGACGUCGACUACAUGAUCCAGCAGCGCAACGUCUGCCGCGAACUCAAGGAGGCCCUUCUCCGAAACCGCUUUGUCAUCGGCAUUACCGUGAACGUAGCGAGAAGGGACUGCUCCAGAGACCCCGUCAUCUUGGGCGCUCUCAGGCGUAAUUUGAUGCUCGUCAACAAAGCCGUCCACUUUGUCAACGGCUCCGUGGAAAAACAGGACGCCCUUGCCUUCGAGACCUUGCAGUACUGCUUCUCGGUGCAACUAUCCCUUCGCGCUGUUUUUAACGCCCUCGACCAGUCCGUGAUCGAGAAGAUCGCCGAGGCGCGCAAACGGCUCGCUUCCGAAUACUUCAUCCUCGUGGGCGUGGUCAAAACCAGGAUAGCCUGCCACCCGCAUCGCAAGAGAAAGACUACAUUCGAUAAGCUCGGCAAAGACAUGCAAGCGCGAAUCUGCUCCUACCUCAGCUUGACUGAUGUCGUGGACAUCUGAAGUAGGGCAGUGUUUUUUUUUGGUUUUUUGUUUUUUUUUUUUCGCGCCGCACUUACAGCUUUUGACAAUGGCGCUAGCAGACGCCAGCACGCACACAGUCGAUGAAUGGGAAAGUUUACUUUCGCACCCAUAUUUAGAAACUGCCACUUCACAAACGGGCGUACCUUCCCAACUUUUUUAUUUGGUAGCAGUUAAGUCAAGUCAAAGCUUUUAAAUUCUUAAUUCGGAAAAAUAUUUCUCGCUCGUUCGUGCCAUCGAAUGGACUCUGCCGAUUCGCCACGAGAUUAAUUUGCUGCACAUUUGGCAUUCACAUGUACCAAUUACUAAUAGCACAUAUCCCACAAGCCAUUGCAAGAAAGUAUGUGUACUUUUCCUAACUCUUUUACUUGGAGAGACGCCUAAGUUACUUGCCCGCCUAUGUAACUUAUGUUUUUGUGCCAAUUGUUGCAAUGCUCGCAAGAUCAUGAAGAUUCCCAAGUCUUCUCGAGUUGCUUUACUCACCUUAUGCCUCAGAUUUUAGUUUUUAGCACCCGCCUACGGCUACAUAAAUCUCAACUGCAUCUUAGGAAUCAGCUUACUUACCUUGUCAUGUGCUUUCUGAGAUGACACUACUCGCAACGAUGAUCUAUUCUGUUGAUUCUAUGUUCCUCCUCUGUCGGAGUAUUGUUUUCGUAUCUGCUCUAUCAGAAUGUCAGAAGCAGACUUUUGGCAUGCUUGUAUAUUACACAGUGUCCUACUUCGUUGAACCGAGCGUAGAUGUGUUACUGACUUAUGCAACUACUGCUUAGAAUGGAAGUAAAACUGUUUU